GGCUCCUCCGUCAACAACGAAAUCGGCCCCAGUGGUGAAGCACUAUGCUCCACCCAACCAGAGGAACCGUUCUGCUAACAGGCGCAAAUCAUCUGAUGUGGAGACAAAUGAGUUCUUGACAAACAAUGGUGGUUGCUGGCAGGAUAAAGCAGCUAACAUCACUGCUUGCAAAUCACAAUGCUUUUGAGUUACUUGCUAAAUAUGGGACAACUCAUCUCAUUUUCAAUGACGAUAUACAUGGGACUGCAUCUGUUGUUGUAGCUGGAGUUGUAGCAGCCCUAAAACUCAUUGGUGGUACAUUGCCUGAGCACACAUUCCUCUUCCUUGGUGCUGGAGAAGUGCUGGAAUUUCUUCCUGAACUGCUUGACACUUUGAAGGACGAGGGGUACUCUUUGACCAAAUCUGAAGAGGCAGUGUUUCUUCCAUGCUUAGUAGAGAAGUUAGGACAUAACAUUGAGAAAGUACGAGAAAAAAAUGUAGGAGCUGACAAAACAAUUUGUUGCCAUAUACUCUACGUGUAAAUGUUUCCCUUAUAUAUUAGAGGGUUUGUGCUUAAAGAAUAACCAAACUCGAAUUGAAUGUGCUGAUUUUGUUGGAUUUAUUAUUGAUCAUCA